AUGGUGAAGCUGGAGGAAGAAAUGGUGCAACAGCUUCGCCUGGCGGACUUCCACCCAAAUACUCUUGAAGCCCAAGUGGCAAAUUUAGAGGAAGAACUGAUGCAAAAGCUUCGAUUGAUUGAGUCUCUGCCAAAUUCUCCUGAAGCCCCAAGGGCACAGUUAGAGGAAGAAAUGAUUCCAAACAUUCACUUGGUAGAUUUCGUCCCAAGUACCAUUGUUUCGCAAGCACCUAGUAAUCCAACACACCUUUCAGACCUCUAG